AUGGUCAAGUCAGGUAUCGCUCUGUUGGCGCUCGCCGCCCCAGCUUUUGCUGCUGUUAUUGAGCGUGGUGAGAAUGGAAGUGCCGAGGGAGCGACGGCUGCUGGAUCCUAUGCUCCUCCUCCUGCGCCUUCAACUCACUCGGAGCCCCAGCCGACUUAUGCUCCCCCUCAGCCUUCCACUCACUCGGAGCCUCAGCCGACUCAUUCGACUUAUGUUCCUCCUCCACCACCUCACUCGACUUCUGAGGCGCCUCACUCCUACACGGAGCCUGCGCACUCUUCCCACACUGAGCCGGCCCAUUCGUCUUACACCCAGCCUCCUCACUCUGAGCCAUCUCACUCCCACACUGAGCCGGCUCACUCGUCCUACACCAAGCCUGCUCAUACUGAGCCUUCUCACACGUACAGCAAGCCCACCCACACUGAGCCAUCCCACACGUACAGCAAGCCUACUCACACCGAGCCCUCUCACUCCUACACUGAGCCCCCCAAGCCCAAGCCCACUCCUCCUCCCACGAGCUACACCAAGCCUGUUGUGCCUCCUUCUAGCACCUCCCCUGGUGGAAUCACCAAGACUUUGACCAUCACCACCACCGAGUGCCCAGUCUCCUCCAAGACCGUGGUCUCCGGUACCUCGACCAUUAUCGUGCCCGUCACCGAGACUAACACCGUGACUCGCACCAUCGUCACCGUCGUGCCUACCGGUACCAGCACCCCUGCCAACCCAGCUCCUGGAAAUGGUGGCAGCAACCCAGCUCCUGGAAAUGGUGGCAGCAACCCUUCUCCUGAAAAGGGUGGCAGCACCCCCCCUGCUGAGGGCGGUGCUACUUCUACGAAGUCUUCCACCACACCCGCUUUCACUGGUGCCGCUGCUAACCAGCAACCCGUUGCCGGUCUCAUGGUUGCUGCUCUUGGAGCUUUCGCUCUUUUGUAA